AAGCUGUACCCCCACUCCACCACUUCGGACGUGUAAUAUUUUCUCCGUUACCCCACCGAGUCGACGAUCCUCGCCGCCCCUGCCCUCUUCUUGUAUUCUACUGUAGUUCACUUGAUUCUAGGGCUGCCAUACCAAUCUGCUCUUCAACCAUCAUCCUAAGAUGUUUUUUAUUCAAUUAUCUUGUUAAAGUUGAUUGAAUUUAGCCGGGGAGGGAUGGAGCAGAGGCUGGCUAAUACCUGGCAUAUUACCAUUAAUGAGAAGAAGUUCAUAGAGACCGCACUCAGUGAAAACAUCCGAGUUGAUGGCCGCAAUACGUUUGAUUACCGCCAGCUGACUAUCAAGUUCGGAAGGGAAGAUGGUUCGUCGGAGGUUCAACUAGGUGAGACACAUGUUAUUGGUUUUGUCAGUGGUCAAGUUGUCCAACCUUAUAGUGAUCGACCCAAUGAAGGGACACUUGCAAUAUUUACUGAAUUUUCACCAAUGGCUGAUCCUGCUUUUGAGCCGGGGCGGCCUGGGGAGUUUGCAGUUGAACUUGGGCGAUUAAUAGAUCGUGGUCUGAGGGAAAGCAGGGCCGUGGAUAUGGAAUCCUUAUGCAUUGUUGCUGGGAAGUGGGUGUGGGCAUUACGUGUAGACCUUCACAUUCUUGACAAUGGAGGGAACCUCAUUGACACUGCCAAUAUUGCUGCCCUGGCUGCUCUCUUGACCUAUCGAAAGCCUGAAUGUACGUUGGGAGGCGAAAAUGAUCAGGAAGUUGUCAUUCAUGAUCCUGAGGUUAGGGAACCACUGCCUUUGAUAAUACAUCAUAUUCCUGUUGCAGUAACGUUUGCUUUCUUCAAUGAAGGUGAUGCUAUGGUUAUUGAUCCAACUUAUAAGGAAGAGGCUAUCAUGGGGGGUCGGAUGACUGCUACAUUAAACUCAAAUGGUGAUGUUUGUGCCGUGCAAAAAGCUGGAGGAGAUGGUGUCUCAGCUAACGUUAUCACUCAUUGUUUGCGGCUUGCAGCUUUAAAAGCUGUUGAUAUAACUGAUAAAAUUAAAAAGGCGGUGGAUUCAUACAACACUGCAAGAGCACUUCGGAAAGUUAAACGCCAUACUUCAUUGGUGGCAUCUGAUAUUACUGUACCUGCUGUUGUCAUGAAGGAUGAUCAGAUUGCUCACCUUGCUGGACAUCUAGCUCAAAAAAUCAAAGAGGAAUCCAAAAAUAUAUUUGAUACAGAAAAUGAUAGUAUUCCAAAAGGAACUGUGUUCUAUCUAACAAAAAAAACAUCGACUUCAUCAGAGGAUACUGAUUCAUUUAUUGGUGGCCCUUCAAAUUGGGAUCCAUACUCUCAGGGCAUACCCCCAAAUUUUGUCAGAAGUGCCCAUAGUUCUCCAGGAUCAUCUACACUGGAUCCAAAACAGGAAGUAAGAACUGUCCAAAUGCGGAUUGAAACAAAUUCUGAGGAAACAAUGAGAAAUAAUGCUUCUUCCGGCUUAUCUAGAACAUCGGACAUGAGCCAGCUAAGAAUCACACCAAAGAGCUUAAAAGAUGCCGUAAAGCCUAAAAGUGAAAGGAAAAAUAGACUGUCCUCUGGCAGUAAUGCGAAUUAAAUUGAUUUAUGGCUGGCGAACUCAUUGGUACAUUA